AUGGAGAGUCUAGGUGAGGAUGAGAAGGUGAUUCUCGUGGCACAUAGUUCGAGCGGGCUUGCUGUUUCCAACUUUCCAAGGCCAUGGAGAUAUGAGAUAUCCAUGAUAAGUUUGUAUUUGGAGAUGGGCCUAGUAAACCUCCAACACUUUCCAUUGGAGCCCACUUUUCUUUCAUUAACCAUGUAUGAUCUUAGUCCUAAAGAGGACGUGGAAUUGGCUGUGUUAUUGAGACGGCCACAAAGGUUAUUCAACAACGUAGAGAUAGACACAAGUCUUGUGCUCACUCCCGAGCGAUUCGGGUCGGUAAAUCGGGUAUUUGACAAGUCACUGGUGAAAGACUUUCAGCUCUGGAUGAUCAAGAAUAACCCUCCUAACUACGUGGAGUAUAUCCAGAAAUCUGACCAUAUGGCAUGA